GUGUUAAUACUUGCAGACUCGGCAAGCAACUGACCACAUGUCUGCCACAUACAUAUAGCAUCACUAGUGUUGUUUUGAUGUCUUUGUUGUUUUAUGUUGAAAAAUUAUUUAAAUAAAAUGAUUACAGAUAAAGAAGAGAAUAAUGAUUCCAAUGAUGGUGAUAAAAUUAAUCAAGAAACCGCAAAUAUACAAAAAAUUCUUCCUGGCUUUGAUACUUUUGAUGACUACAUGAAAGCUGGUUUUAAUGCCAUGAAAGAAGGAAUUAAAAUCACCAACAGUCUGCCAUCUGAAGAUAACUUUAAAUAUUAUUCAUGUUUUCCAAGUUUCAAUAAUGCAAGGCAUUAUCAAAGUGAAAGAAUUUUAAAGUUGAUACAGGGUAUUAUAAAUUUAACAGGUGCAGCAACCGAUGUUAAUCGACGAAGUAUUGAAGAAAAACUUGAUCUUUUGGUGGAAGCUAAUGAUAUAUUUUUAGACCGAGCUAAUGUCUAUAUGAACGAAGAAUGCGGUAUAAAGCCAAAUGCGGAAGUACAAUUGAUUGUAGCUCAGACUAAAAAAUCUGUUAAUAUUAAUGGAAGUUGGAAUACUGUAAACCGAGACUCAUCCGCUACUUCUAGCACUGGCAAUGCUCCAUCUGUACGAUUGUUGGGUGCAAAAAAUGUUCAGAGACCACAAUUAACUUUUAAGGAUAAAGUUGAUAAUAGUUCAAAAGCCUGGAUACCACGAAUUAAAGAGAAGCCUAAUGCUUUAAAACCACUUUCUAUAUAUUUAAAAAAAGGAACGGAUGUUUGCCAUCCUUACGAAUAUGAACUAAAUACAUUUCAAGUGCCCAUUAAUCAAUUGGAGGAAAAUUCACCAUUGAAAUACAAAUUAUUAGAGGAAACACCUAUAAUUAUGAUAGAGAAAGAGUCUGAUUUAUCAAUUUUAUUAAAUGACUUGGAGAAUUAUAAUGAAAUAGCUGUUGAUUUAGAGCAUCAUUCUUAUAGAAGUUUUCAAGGAAUUACAUGUCUUAUGCAAAUAUCCACACGAGAUACAGAUUACUUGAUUGAUACUUUAUCUUUACGAUCAGAAUUAUACAAACUUAAUCAAGUUUUCACAAAACCAACAGUCUUGAAAGUAUUUCAUGGAGCUGAAUUUGAUAUUCAGUGGCUUCAGAGGGAUUUAUCACUAUACGUGGUAAAUAUGUUUGACACCUAUCAAGCGGCCAAACAACUAGAAUUACCUUAUCUAAGUUUAGCAUAUUUAUUGAAAACUUAUUGCGGAAUAGAACCUAAUAAACACUUUCAAUUGGCCGAUUGGCGUAUAAGGCCACUACCUCAAGAGCUUAUAAAGUAUGCGAGAGAAGAUACACAUUACUUAUUAUAUAUAAAAGAUGUGUUAAGGAAUGCUUUGAUACAAGUCUCAAAUGGUAAAACAAAUGUCUUGAAAGCUAUUUAUGAUCGCAGUACCCAAGUUUGUAAAAAAAUGUACGUAAAAUCUAUUUGGACUGAAGAAACUUGUUUAAACAUGUAUAGAAAAAGUCAAAAAAUGUUUAAUAACCGACAACUAUAUGCACUUAAAGAACUUCACAAAUGGAGAGAUGAAACCGCAAGAGAAGAAGAUGAUAGUGUUAGUUAUGUUUUACCUAACCAUAUGAUGUUAAAUAUUGCCGAAACUCUUCCAAGAGAAAUGCAAGGCAUAUUAGCUUGUUGUAAUCCUAUUCCACCAUUGGUGAGACAAAAUUUACUAAGAUUACAUAAAAUAAUAUUGAAAGCACGAGAACAACCACUUAUAAAGCCAGUUUUGGAAGAUGACAUCAGACAACGCAUGACUCAAAGAAGUCACGUCGCUCAAUCAGAGACGUGGAUUUAUUCUCCUCACGAUACACCGCAAGGAACAGAACCCAGAGCCAACUUGACAUGUCUUCUAAAUUCCAAAAGCACAAAUGAAACAAUUAUUUUCAAGAAGGUAGAGGAUCACGACAUAACAGUAUUUGAUAAUGCUUCAGAUGAUGAAGAAGUAGGGAUAUCAAAACAAACAUUAUCUGAUAACAAAAAAUUACCUUUUGUAAGUCCCUUUGAAAGGUACAAACGUGUCAUGCCAAUGAUAGCUGAACAAGAAGCUAAAGAAAGAGAAAAACAAGAGGUUGAGAUGAACAUUUUAACAAAUAAAGAUAAAAAUGAAAGCAUUCAAAGAGUACAAGAACAUUUUAAUCAAAUUGUAAAAAGUAAAUGUUCAUCAAUUAGUGUCAGCACUCCUUUAAGUCAAAUGCAUAAUAAGAAAAGAAAAAUGCACUCUAUUAAUGACAAAAGUGAAAAAUAUGUAAAAGAAAAUUCUACAUAUGACAUUAGUGCGCAAGCUGAAAUUUUCAACAAAAAUAAAAUUAUUAAAGAGAAUGUGAAAACUGAUAAAGAGGAGAAUAUUCCUGAAAAAUUCAAUGAUGAAACACAUUCAAAGAUUGGAAUAGUCCAAGAUUUACAAUCACUGAGACCGAAGAAAAAAGGUGUUAAACAAGAAACUGUAAAAAUAUUAAAUGCCAAGGGAAUGCUCCCAUCAAAAAAUUUUAAUUAUAGUGCUGUUGACUUUAGCAGUUUUCAAGGAGGUAGUAAUAUUGGUAAACAAAAUAAUAUAGAAACAGUCUUUAAACAAAAUAAGGAAAAACACAAGAGAAUAGGACAACGGAAACGAAGAAAAAUUUAGAGUAUCUACAGGGAAAACAUGAGUUAUUAAAUACUUUAUAUACUUUGUUUAUUAUUUAAAAAUUUAAAGAUUUAGUUUACAUGAUUAAUAAUACAGGAGAUAAUUUUUACAA